AUGACGCUCGCGUCCCGCCGCCCGCCGUCGAUCGCCGCCCCCGGCGGCAACCCGACGACGCGAUCCAGCGCGCAUUUCGCGCGCGUCCCGAUCGGCCGCGGCCUCGGCGCGAACGGCCUCCCGUCGCUUCGAACGACGGAGCUGACGCGCGUCGCGAGAGAGCUCGACGAUCGACGCCGCGCGCUGGACGCGCGCGAGAUCGCCGUCCGCGCGCGCGAGCGCGCGGCGCUCGGCGCGGACGCGCUCGACAACGCGCUGCGGCGUUCCGACGACGACGACGACGAGACGCGCGGCUUCGCGAAUUCGCGGCGGCGAGACGACGACGGCGAGACGCGCGAGACGCGCGAGACGCGGCGACUGCGCGGGGUGGUCGGCGCGCUCGAGCCCGCGCUUCUCGACGCGACGCGCGCGGCUCGGCUGGCGAAACGACGAGAGCACACCGUGAUCGCGCGGUCGGAGGACGCCGCGCGGUCGCACGCGCGCGCGGAGACGCGGCUCGCGACGCGAUUGCGCGAGACCGAGGAGGCGCUCGUGAAGGUAACGGAAGAGAGGAAGGCGUUACGCGCGCGGCUGGCGGCGGCGAAGGCGCGGCGAGAAAAAACCGACGCGGCGGCGGCGGCGACGGCGGAAAAACUCGCCGCGCGAGAGAGAGUCGCGGAGGACAUGCGACGCGACCACGAGUCGCUGAUGCGGCAGCUGCUCGACGCCGCGUCGUUGGACGAGCGAAGGGUCGCGGAGGCGGCGAACGAGGCGGUCGCGGAAGCGAGGCGGGGAGAGAACGACGCGAAGGCGACGACGCGCGCAUUCGCGGUGAAGAUGAAACGAGCGGAGGAAGAAAACCGCGCGCUGACGCGUCGAUGUCGCACCUUGGAGGAGCAGGUCGAGUUCUGCCUCGCGUCUAUUCGCGAAGACGAGAGGAGAGAGCUGAAGAAGGCGAAGGGCGGAGGCGAGGCGGAGGAGGAGGAGGGAGAUGGCGACGUCGCCGCCGAUGAAAACGAAAACGAAAACGAAAACGAAAUCGAAGACGAAAUCGCAGGGAAUAAGGCGCGUUCUAUACACUGGUUCCCAUACGACCGCGUCGGCGUGGUGAACGCCGAUCCUUAA